AUCUCUUUAGGAAGCAGUAUCCGAGAGAACACGGGUGCCAAUUGAGGUUGUGUUUAUUCUGUGUUCUCUGUGUUAAACAGGCUUAUUUAACAUUCAUAAUAUUAACAAGUUUGUAAGGUUUAAACCUGGUAACAUGUGUAAACAUUUUAAAUGUCUUAUUAUUAUAAUGCUGUCUUGUUAGUGUCAUAUUCCAGCAUUCACUAAGAUAAGGGGAGUGUCUGCUUUGGGAGAGGGGAGGGUUGAACCAGUGAGCAGAAAAAUCAUAGGGCGUGUAAGGAAGUUAUUGAAACGAGGGAAAAAGAGCCACAGGGUCUUCAGCUCAGCUAACAAGGCAGGAAAAUCUACUUUUAAAGAUGCCCGCAAAGAAAGUCUGCAUCGUCGGAUCUGGAAACUGGGGCUCCUCCAUAGCCAAGAUAAUCGGCCGUAAUGUCAAAGCCUCCAACCGCUUCGACCCCAUGGUGAACAUGUGGGUUUAUGAAGAAAUGAUCAAUGGGAAGAAGCUCACAGAGAUCAUCAACACAGACCAUGAGAACGUCAAAUAUCUGCCAGGCCACAAGCUGCCUAGGAAUGUGGUUGCAGUGCCAGAGAUCACAGAAGCGGUCAAAGGAGCAAAGAUCCUUAUCUUCGUGAUCCCGCACCAGUUCAUCAGCAACCUCUGCGACCAGAUCAAACCUCACAUCACCGAGGGAACCAUCGGCAUAUCGCUCAUCAAAGGUGUGGAUGAGGGACCACAAGGACUGAAGCUCAUCUCUGACAUCAUCAGAGAGAAGCUGGAGAUAGAGGUCAGCGUCCUGAUGGGGGCCAACAUCGCCAGCGAGGUGGCAGAUGAGAAGUUUUGUGAAACCACCAUAGGAGCGAAAAAUGAGGCAAAUGGUGCAGUUUUCAAAGAGCUGCUUCAAACUUCCAACUUCCGCAUCACUGUCGUGCAGGAGUGCGACACAGUGGAGCUGUGUGGAGCCCUAAAGAAUAUCGUGGCAGUAGGGGCCGGAUUCUGCGACGGUCUCGGUUUCGGGGACAACACCAAAGCAGCCGUGAUCAGGCUGGGUCUGAUGGAGAUGGUCGCAUUUGCCAAGCUGUUCUGCAAAGGCCAGGUGAGCUCUGACACUUUCCUGGAAAGCUGCGGCGUGGCCGACCUCAUCACCACCUGCUACGGAGGACGAAACCGUAAAGUCGCAGAGGCCUUUGUCAGAACGUCCAAGUCCAUAGUAGAGCUGGAGGCAGAAAUGCUGAACGGGCAGAAGCUGCAGGGUCCUCAGACCUCAGCUGAAGUCUACAAGAUCCUACAGAAGAGGGAAAUGGUCAACAAGUUUCCUCUCUUCUCUGCCGUCUACCAGAUCUGCUUUGAGGGCAAAGCGGUGAAAGAGUUCAUCACCUGCCUGCAGAACCAUCCAGAGCACAUGUAACCGCACCAAACAUGCACUGCUGCACCUGCAGUCACGGUUUAUCACCACUAGAGGGAGCAAGAGAUUCAUCAGGCUGACACGCACAAUGCAACAGGAGGACACAGUACAACAAAGUGCACUUUUUAUUUCAAGACAUUUCAAACUGGAGUCUUUAUAUGUUAAGCUUCUAAAGCACUUUGUUUUGAUUUUACUGUUCUGUUUGUUUGAUAUUCUGUAGUUUGAUUGACAUAUUUUAAAAGUUAAACCUAAUCAGCUGACAGCAGCAUUAAAAUAAAUACAUCCUUUUGUAUGCAGUACAAUAAACUGUCUUUUCUACUGUCCACUACAUGACAGCAUCUUAA